CCUUUCUCACCCUCCCCUGUUUUCCACGCUAACCUUUUCCCACUAAAAUUUCAAAACCCCGAGUUGAGCCCACUUCAUAAUUAAAACCCAAAAUCAAAAUAAACACACAUAAAAUCCCCAGCCUUAACCCUCACUAAUCUCAUCCUCAAUUAUCAUUUCUGGGAACGCCUCCUCACCCUUUCUCUUUCUUAUCAUUUUGUUUGAUUUGUUUUCUGUUCCAUCCCAAAUCCCUAACUGUUUGACCAGAUCGGAGGAACCCAGUGGCAGGAGCGGGGAGGUUGAGCAUGGCCACAGCGUCGUUUAACAAGAUCGAAAGGGCCCACCAGAUGUAUAGAGAAGGGAGGUACAACGAAGCUCUGGGUUACUACACCGAGGCGCUGGCUGUUGCCAAAACAAAGCCUCAGAAGAUCGCUUUGCACAGUAACAGAGCCGCUUGUUACUUGAAAUUACAUCAUUUCAAAAAGGCAGCAGAAGAAUGUACCUCGGUUCUUGAGCUUGACCAUAAGCACACUGGAGCUCUGAUGCUACGAGCACAAACACUAGUCACACUAAAGGAGUACAAUUCAGCUCUCUUUGAUGUCAACCAGCUCAUAGAGUUGGAUCCCUCUUCCGAAGUUUAUCAUAACCUUCAAGCCCGUUUAAGGACACAAGUGGCACUUGCUCCGAUACCUGAAUCUGAAGCAGAGUUGGAAGAAGAGGAAGAAGAACAUGAGCAACCCGAUACAAGUGAGAAAGAAGUGAGACAAGACGACAAAAAGGAAGACCUAGUAGUGCCAGCAAUUGGGAAAGAUCUGAAUGCUGCUGAGCUUAAUGAGUAUCCAAUUAAAGAGAAAAUAAUUCCCUCUGAGAAAUCUGAGGUUAAAGAAUAUGCUGAGCAGGAAACAGAUUGUAAUAAUAUGCCUGAAAGAAAUCCUGGAGUAACUGCCCUUCAAAAACCAAAUGAGAAGGAUUCCAAAGGAUAUCAAGCAAUUCCUAAACCCAAGGAAUAUUCAGGACAGAAGAAUGUGCCCCAAAGAGUUGGAGUUGCUGAUCCUUUAGGAGAGGGCAUCAAAGAUUCCAAGGGAUGGCAGGCGAUCCCUAAACCAAAGGGACACUCAGCUCUCGAUUAUGCACGGUGGGACAGAGUUGAAAAUGACUCCAGUGAAGAUGAUGAUGACGACGAUGAUGAUGAAGACUCUCAGCCUCAGUAUCGGUUCCGGGUAAGAACUGUUGGCAUACGGUCAGUGAAGUGAAAUGGGAUGAAGUAAAAGUUAUAAUGAUGUGAAUAACAUUUCUGAUUCCUUAAAUCUUCACAAUGAGUCUCCUAUGUCGAGUAAAGUGUGGUUUGAGAAACUUUGUUUGGUAUAUCAUGUUUAAACAUCCGAAGGCAGGGGCACCACAUAUUACAGUUGCCUCCCUGGUUUGAGUUCUUCCAUAUCAAAGUGCCAUUCAAAUAUUCCAGGCUGCCUCCAAUACUUUGGAAAUGGCUGCACAUAUUAACGGACUAUCCUCAUUGAUUUUAGUGUCAGGUAAUCAUUUCUGGUGCUGUAAUUAUUUACAAAUCUCUCUUCUGGUUGCUUAAUUUUCUUAAAUGGAGAUGAGAACUUUGAAUCUAUCAGCUGGUUUGCAUUGGAUGAACAAUUAUAUACAUCAAUAAUUGUAAAAUUUUUCUGGAUAUUUGUAUAUUAAUCGCUGUAGUUAAAGUUGUUGGUUAUAUUUGAUCCGAAUUUUGAUUAUUGUGUUCUGGUCAAGUCAAUAAAAAUUGAACAGAUUGUAAUUUUUGUUGUUUAUUAUUUGAAUAAAUUUGUUUGAUUCCAA